AUGUCCAUAAUUGUACUCUUCAAGCUUAUGCUUCUUCUCCUCCUACUUUUGAACCCUCCUUCCAAUACUACCAAAGGGUGUAAUUAUGGACCCUUUUGUGUGGAUGCUGCAAGACCUUUGGAACAAAAUGUUAAUCCAAAAUAUAUAAACUUGAAGCCUGAGAAAGGAAAUGGAGGAGGAAGGGUUUUUCAAGGGAGGAACGUGGAGGAUUGUUUGCCUAAAGGGUUUCGACGAUCUUCUGCUCCGAGUAGAUAUAUUAAUUAUCAGCCUCUUGGAAUCUCUUGUUCUUCAAGCAAGACAGUAGUGAAUGGCCCUUGA